ACGCCUUGAGAUCUCGUAAUUUAUUCCAUCCCUAGCCUUUACGUGUACCUCAACACCUAUAAAACAAUGGCAUGUGCAGCAAAAUAAUCACAGUUCAUCAAUAACCUCUAGCUUUGAAACUUGAGACAGAAGACAGCUUUCCUUUAUCAUGAAUAGGGCGAUCUUGGUCUUGAGCCUUUUUUUAGCCUUUGUGGCAGCCAUUGACAUAGACGCUGUUGCGAAAGAAGCCACAAGGAAAUGGGAACAGGAACAAGAACAAAAGGUCCUAGACGGACUAACCACCCCCAUUUCUAAAAGGAGAAAAGUCACGGACGAAACCAAGGCCAUGAAAAGAUUUAACUCCUUGGUGGACAACAUGCUGGCGAUCCUAAAGACCGAAGAAGGCAAAGAAAAGGAGAGCCUCUCCUUAAUUGCCGAUUCCUUAUCAUCGUCACCGCAACCAUUUUUGAAAACGAGCAAAUAUUCAGGCGACAAUGUUGACAUUGCCGAAAUCUGCAAAGGAGUUGUUCCACGUUGUGGCAAAUUGGCUGGGCACCCAUUUCGAACAUUGAACGGGGUAUGCAACAACCUGGACAACCCAAGAUGGGGCUCCAUUCUGACCUUUAUGCGACGGUGGAGGCAACCCGCUUAUCAAGAUGGCCAUCAUGUUCCUCGUGGAGGAUUUCCUCCAUCUAUGGCCGGUCGGAAAAAGCGUUCCUUACAACGAAAAGAAACCUUGUUGCAAAACCAGAAUGGGCUUGGUAGUGGACCUAUGAUGGUCAAGACAUGUUCUCAUUUGGCGGCUGGUGAUUUACCGAACCCAAGGUUAGUCAGCAGGACAUUCCAUCCCGAUCAUGAUGUCCCAGACAAGAUUGCUACCCACAUGGUGGCCAUCAUGGGGCAAUUUCUCGACCACGACGUAACAUUGACCCCUGAGGAAGAGGCGGAAGGUUGUUGCUUUGGAUCGGAAGAAAAGGCGUGCUUCCCCAUUCAGGUUGACGAGGAAGACCCAUUCUUUCAUCCACAUGAAGUUGACUGUCUCGAUUUCACACGGUCUUUGGCAUUUUGCGAGCACUUCUUCAACCACCGGGAGCAGAUCAAUGGCAUCACGGCCUUUGUGGACGCCUCCAACGUUUAUGGAUCGACCAAAGCUGUGGCACAUUCGUUAAGAACACUUUCGAAAGGCUUGAUGAAGAUUUCUACCGAAGGCGGUUAUGAAAUGCUCCCAAUCAUUAACGGAACCUACCAUGCAGGAGAUAUUCGAGCGUUGGAGAAUCCAGCACUAACCUCCAUGCACACUUUGUUCCUUCGGGAGCACAAUCGAAUUGCCGAACAAUUAUACCACAUGGAUCCCAGUUUAGAUGAUGAAGAGAUCUACCAACGAACCAGACGCAUCGUUUCGGCUGAGAUGCAAAAUGUGGUUUAUGGAGGCUACCUCCCCGUUGUCCUCGGCUCAGUGGCCAUGGAUCAGCAUGAUCUAGGCCUUUCUCUCACUCCUUCAAUUUACAACCCAUCACAAGACCCAUCCAUUAGUAAUGUAUUUGCUACAGCCGCCUAUCGAUUCGGGCACUCAAUGAUUCAAGGGAUAGUAGAUAUGGUCAACGAGGUAACCCGAGCCCUUGAAAGUGGGUACAAGCUCCAGGACAACUUUUUCAACCCGGCCCACUACCUGGCUUUCAGCGGAGCCGGCAUGGAGAAGAUCCUCGCCGGACUGGUUAGUCAACACGCCCAAACCUCUGACCAAUUUGUCGUCGAUGACGUCACCAACCAUCUCUUCCCACAAAACGGUGCCGCGUUUGGCAGCGAUCUCGUGGCCCGGAAUAUUCAACGAGGCCGUGAUCACGGGUUGGCCAGCUACAAUGCGUACAGAGAAUUUUGUGGACGCAAGGCUGUUUGCACAUGGGAGCAAAAACCAGCCGAUAUUUCUUCUUCAAACUGGGAAACUUUGAAGGAUCUGUACAACCAUCCCAAUGAUAUUGACGUGUUUGUGGGAGGCUUAGCGGAGAACCCUUAUGCAGAUGGACUCACAGGACACACAUUCCAGUGCAUCAAAAGCAAGCAAUUCCAGUUCUUAAAGUACGGGGAUCGUUAUUUUUUCACCCAUGCCAAUCAAGCGGGAUCCUUUGAACCUUACCAGAUAUCAAAUUUACUUCAGCGAACUCUCGGGGACAUCAUUUGCGAUAACACUAAGAUUGCUGAAGUUCGCACGGAUGUAUUCAAAGCUAAUGCCCCAUACAAAGACUGUCAGGAUAGAACUGAACUGGAAAUUGAGAGGUUCAAAGAACUGUGAUAACAUAAUUGACCGGAUAUUCACAACCUCAUUGGAUAAUAAAUACAU